AUGGAGGACAUCAGGGCCCUUUGCGAGAAGUACCCGGCUAGGUUCAUCUUCAACGUCGACGAGACAGGCCUCCAGUGGAAGCUCAUGCCCAGGCGCACGUACCUUUCCACCUUGGAGGAUCGGACGACGGCGCGGGGCUCAAAGAGCAUGCACUUCAAGGACCGACUGUCUGCCAUCAUGUGCUGCAAUGCCGACGGCACUGCGAAGGUUGACAUGGCCAUCAUCGGGAGGGCAAAGGAACCCCGCUGCUUCAAGAACGGGGGUUCACCUCUGAAGUACUUCUCGCAGACCAACGCGUGGUCCGACUCCGCGACGUUUCUCAAGUGGUGGCUUGAAGUCUUCCUCCCGUUCGUUCGGCGCUUCAAUCACGAACCUGCGCUGCUGCUGAUGGACGGCUGUUCGUCUCACAGUGAUUUAGUGGACGAUCGCGGGCAAGUUACCGUCAAGACCUACCCUCCGCUGUGCACCGCCGUACACCAACCCAUGGAUUUGGGGGUCAUCGCCAAGACGAAGGUCAACUACAGGAAGGAGCUGCUCGAUGUGAAGACAUCAACCAUGUUGGUGGCUGACACACUUCGCGCCCAGGCCAAAGCCCGCAAGAUGAAGGCCGGGACAAUGGGGCUAGCGCAAGGGCACCAACCUCACGUGCGGGACGCCGCUGAACUUCUCCAGAAAGAAUGGGCCAGCGUCACCGCCCAAGACAUCGCCAGACCCNUGCAGGACGCGCAGAAGCAGGGAUCCCGCGUCGUGGACGAGGAGAUCAGCGAACUGUUGGCAGAACUCAACAUCGAACCCGGAAAGCCGGUCGCGGGGGAAGAGGUGGCCGCGAUUCAGGGGUGGGCUACCAUCGAGGACGACGAGGAGGUGGUAGAGGCUUUUCGAUUGGACGCGGUGGAAGACAUGACAGCACUGCUGGCUGGAACGAACUUAUCUACCGGCGGCGACGACGAGGAGGACGAACAGGACUAGGGAGGCGGCGGUGAGAACACGGGGCGCGAGCGCCGUGCCCCACGUGCGCCACCGGGUUAUGAAGAACUGUCGUCGCACUUCGGCGCCCUGGAAGUGGCAGCAGAGGGCAGUGGCAACGGAGACGCGGCGUCCUACCUAACGAAAGUGAAGAUGUCGAUGAUCGCAGCGCAUUCCGCUAGGCGGGUGCGCCAGACAGACAUUAGAGGAUUUGUCGCGACGUAGAGUUCAUGGUUGUUUCUUUUUCUUGCGGUUCGCUUCCUGUCGUGUACUUGUAGUUUUUAAUUUUUUUUCUCGCAACAUCGAAGCGGGUACGCCAGGCAGACACUCCAGUGUCGCGACGUAGUUUGGGGGGGAGAUACAACUGUAGUGCAGUAAUAUUGAUUUUUGUUUUCUUGCAGUGCGCUUCCUGUCGUGUUUCUUUUUCUGUUUUGUCUUUUGUAUCUUACAACAUCGAAGGAGGGGCUCUAGGGCUUACAUAUAGCUACGUCCACUCUGUACGAACGGGAGCUUUAC